AUGUUGAGAUUGAUAAUUUUUGUAAUAAUUUACAGUUUGAGUUGGAUAAAUUGUGUAGAAUCUGGAGGUGGGUUAAGCUCCCCAUCGGACGUGUAUGAACCAGUACCUCCAGAGUCCCUCGAACUAAACACACAAAAUUUACACGAAUUCGUCACCGACGAAAUUAAUUCACAUCUUCUAUCCCUAACACCCGAAGAUUUCAAACUUUUACUCCAAACAUACAAUCAACUCAAUAAAAAUAAAAAUAAUCUAAGGAAAUCUGAGGAAUCUGAUGUUAAUUUGGUGAAUGAGGAGUUUGAUCUUUUAAUUCCUGUGAUAGCUCCGAUCAUAGAACGGCUUCUCAAACUCGAUCCCGCCAACCACAAAUCACUCAUCACUCACAUCAUACAACAAGUCAUUCUCUCAAAUCACAAUUCUACACCCUCUAAUCCCGAGUUUACAAGUUCUAAUCCCGAUCUCACACCCUCUAAUCCCGAGUUCACACGUUCUAAUUUAGGAAAUUCAGUCCCUAAUAGUGAGGAACGGGGUAAAGCUGUUGAGGUGAGUACUGUGGAGCCGGCUAAGCCUGUGAUGACGGAUGAGUUUAGGGACUUGUUGAUUAAGUACAAUAACAUAGCGGAGAAUAAUCCUGAGAUAUUAAAGGAGACGAGGCACAACGACGACGAGACGCUAUCAAUUGACCACGUGAGAGAACUUGUUAACAAAUAUAUCAAAUUCUACAAACCCUCUGAUAGAGUUGACUCUGACGAGAAGGAUACGAAUUCUGAAGAGAAGGAUACAAAUUCUGAAGAGGAUCCGGAAGCUGAAGAGGAUCCAGAUUCCGAGACGCAUAAAGUGUUGUUAGGAGUAGUUGACCCUGAGGGUGACAUUGACUUUGAGAAGAUCAUACCCUCGCCUAAACCACUAACCCCGGAACAGCAACAGGAAAGAGAACUCAAGUUAAAACAGUUGACUGAAGGGAAAAUAAAAGAACUAAAGCGUAAAAUGAGAAAUUUGAACCAAUAUUACUUUUACGAACUUGAAAAUAAAAAAGGACCAAAAACCUACUUUGGAACUCUCAACAAUAUCCCACUCACCUCCAACUUCUACUUACCCUCUCUAUCACUCUUAAUACUGUUUUUAUACCUUUAA